AAAAUCCAAUUUUGCCCCCUCCUCCAAGCCAGUGCAAUACAAGUACCUAACGCUUUGUCACCGCCUCCACUUCUAUACUCCCCAAAAUCGCAAUUUGCAAAACCUUUUCUCUUCUCCCUCCAUUCCAACAAGCUGGCGAUUGAUAAUCAAGACACCACUAUCAAGCCCAAGAACAGGCGAAUCAUGGGAGCUGGAGGGCCUGAUGAAGAUGAGUAUAGAUGGCCGCCAUGGCUGAAACCCAUGCUCAAAGAACGCUUCUUUGUUCAAUGCAAUCUCCACGCCGAUUCCCACAAGAGCGAAUGCAAUAUGUACUGCCUUGACUGUAUGAAUGGCGCUCUCUGCUCUCUCUGUUUGCCCAAUCACCCUCACCACCGCGCCAUUCAGAUUAGGAGAUCAUCGUACCAUGAUGUGAUCAGAGUUAACGAGAUUCAGAAGUUCCUGGACAUCUCCGCCGUCCAGACCUACAUUAUCAACAGCGCCAAAGUUGUGUUCUUGAACGAAAGGCCCCAACCCAGACCCGGCAAGGGCGUCACCAAUACUUGUGAAGUUUGCCGCCGCAGCCUUCUUGAUUCUUUCCGUUUCUGCUCUUUGGGCUGCAAGAUUGUCGGGACAUCGAAGAAUUUCGUGAGAAACCCGAAACGGUUGCCGGAGAAGAAGAGGACGGCGCCGCCGCCGUCGGACUCGGAGGAUUCCUCGUAUUGCAGCCAUAGCCAUGGGCGGGUGAGCAGAAAGGUGCAGAGCUUCACGCCGUCAACGCCGCCGCCAACUUGCGUUAAUUACAAAACUGCCAAGCGAAGAAAGGGAAUUCCACAUAGAGCCCCAAUGGGAGGGCUCAUUAUUGAAUACUAGGCUUUUGCAGUUUUGCUCACAGGCCCUUCAUCUUCUCCUAAAUUACCCUAGCUCACCCAUAGCCAUGUUGUUGUAUGUAUAUAGUAGCCACUAAUAGAAGAAUGAAUGUUAAAAAAAAAAAAAAGUAGGGGCAGAAGUUGGAAUAAGUAAAUGUGGAAGGACUAAAGCCGCUAAGUUAGAAGUUUGGCUUAGAAAAUAAGCUAUAUAUAUAUUACUAUAAUAAUAAUAAUAGUUUGAUAAUGAAAUAUGAGAUACUAGAGUGGUUGUUUACACAUAUAACAGGUUUUUGUGUGUAUGAAUGAAAAAUGUAAAUAUCGUUUUCUGUGUUUAUAUGCCGUAAUGGAAUAUCACUUUGUUAUUUUU